AUGACCCCGCCCCCAGAGCGGGACAUUGAUCCCAUCACCGGGGGCGAGCUCGAGGGAACCAAAAAACGUUCCAGUGAAGAUGCGGCAGAGUAUCCGCGGAGACGAGCAACUAUUGCUUGCCAGAUCUGCCGCUUGCGUAAGACACGAUGUAACGGAGCUCGUCCGAAAUGCCAGCUUUGCUCCGAUCUCGACGCCGAGUGCGUGUACCGAGAGCCAGGAAUCAAGCUCGAUGCUGGCGAUAAACUCAUUCUAGAACAUCUCACUCGAAUUGAGGGGCUGCUUCAUUCCAGCCUAGCAGCACAAGGUCCUCAUCUAGCCUUAUCAUCGACAUCCCCCGCGACAAGCAACGACACCGGUAUCGGGAGCGAGGACCCGAUCACCAGAAUGAGUGGAGUGUCAACAUCUGGGAGAAUGACGACGGUGGGACUUGGGUCCUGGGCUAAUCCACCACCCAGCAUUAGCAUAUCCACCAUGCCCAAAGUACACAGCACCCCAGCCCUGCAUCUCCUCCAAUGGCCCCUGAUCCGCGAUCUGGUAUCGGGGCCCUACGAUCCACAGAAUCUUCUCCAACUAGAGAUGGCUCGUGAACCCCUGCGCCUGAAUCCGAAUUCCGGCUUUGAUUUGGCCAACGCGCCAGCGUAUGUGCAGGCAUUCUUCAAUCAUGCCAACAUCUGGUAUGCAUGCGUGAAUCCAUAUACAUGGAAUCGGUACUACCGAACUGCUCUCGCGCAAGGAUUCCAAGAUGGGCCCGUGAGUUGUCUCGUGCUAUUGGUAUUAGCCCUUGGAGCUGCCAGUCGCAGUGGGAGUAUCUCAUUCCUUCCACCAGAUCACGAGCCACCCGGACUACCCUAUUUCGCGGCAGCAUGGGCAAUCCUACCCUCUGUGAUGAUGCGGAACUCAGCAAUUGCCGCACAGUGCAUGGUCCUCGCAUCGGCCUACUUGUUCUACCUGGUUCGACCACUCGAAGCAUGGACACUGCUGUCCAAUGUGAGCAUGAAGCUCCAACUACUCUUGGGCAACCCCAACCGAGUACCCGCCCAGUGGAAAGAACUUAGCGUCCGAGUCUACUGGAACUCGCUCCUCUACGAAAGUGACCUCCUCGCGGAACUGGACCUCCCCCAUUCCGGGAUCGUGAAUUUUGAAGAAGUCGUUGAUCUACCAGGCGGCUUCGAGGAAGAAGACGACGACGAGGACGAGGGCAUGAACGGUGAAAACGACGAAGAAGACCGUAACAGCCGCCUCGCAGAAGAAUACACAGGACGCGACGAACUCUGGUACUUCCUCGCCGAGAUCGCUCUCCGCAGACUCCUAAACCGGGUCAGCCACCUCAUCUACCAAAAAGACAGCACACACACACUCGCCUCGCUAGGCCCGAUCGUCUCAGAACUAGACUUCCAACUCUCCCAAUGGUACGAAAGCCUCCCACAACCGGUCCAAUUCCCACUCACCACAACACCACUCUCCAACUCCGUCCAAACCGUGCUAAGGUUACGAUACAACGCCUGUCGAACGAUCAUAUACCGCCCCUACAUCCUAGCCGUGUUUGAGAACGAGCAAGCCGGUGCGGACCCGGGCGUCCGCGAAUGUUGCCGGAGGUGUCUUGACGCUACGCUACGACAGCUAGAGCACAUCACCUCCCACCGCGAGGGUCACCUUCCGUAUCUCUGGCAGGGAGCUUUGUCAAUGGUUUCUCAGACAUUAUUGAUCAUGGGGGCGACCAUGUCGCCGACUUUAUCUCCCUUGCUCCCGCCCCCGUUGCGGGUGGACGCUAUUAUCUCGAGCGUUGUCGCCGAGGUGGAGCGAUAUGCUCAUCUAGCCCCAAGUUUGAAGUUGUCUUCAGAGAUCAUAAGAGAUGCCGAGCGACGACGACAGAUCUGUCUUCGUUCGGCGGGGAUCAGUCUUUAG